UAAUGCCGUUUCAAGAACGCGGCACGCAGCGGCAGCGAGCUUCCGGUGAAAAUUAGACAGUCCAAAGAUGGCGGACCUCCUGGGCUCGAUCUUGAGCUCGAUGGAAAAGCCUCCAACCGUUCACGACCAAGAAAGCCGACGGAAAGCGAGAGAACAAGCUGCCCGACUGAAGAAAAUUGAGGAGGAUGAGAAGAGAAAGAAAGCAGAGUUUAGGAAAAAGAUGGAGAAGGAGGUGUCAGACUUCAUUCAGGACAGCACGCUGCAGAAGAAGAAAUACGACCCAAUGGGCAAGAUCGAGAGAAGCAUUUUGCAUGAUGUGGCUGAGGUGGCUGGACUGACAUCCUUUUCCUUUGGUGAGGAUGAAGAGAGCAGAUACGUCAUGCUGUUUAAAAAGGAGUUUGCUCCAUCAGAUGAAGAACUGGAGGCUUAUCGAAAAGGCGAGGAGUGGGACCCGCAGAAAGCUGAGCAGAGACGUCGGCUAAAGGAACAGGCCGCACUGGAGAUGGAAGAGGCCAGUCGCUCUCAGAAGAGGCCUGUGUCGCCCAAUUCAAACUACAGAGACAAAUACAGCCAUCUGAUUGGAACAUCUGCUGCUAAAGAUGCCGCCCACACUCUUCAGGCCAACCGGGCAUAUGGCUGUGUCCCUGUGGCCAAUAAGAGAGACACUCGCUCCAUUGAGGAAGCCAUGAACGAGAUUAGAGCCAAAAAAAGGCAGAAGAAAGGCGAGGAGGAAGGAGCUGGCAGCGGCAGCAGUAGUGUGUGAGCGCUGCGUGUGUGUGUGUGUUUGCGUGCGUGCGUGUGUGUGUGUGUGUGUGUAUGAUCCGAACAGAAGAGUGAUUGAACAGUAUUUUAAUCCUAUAACAAUGUUUUACAUGAGCAGCAGGGUUUGGUAAAGAUGAAUUGUCAUGCACAUAAAGGCAGUGCAGAACUGCUGCAAUACAAGUGAGCGCACUGUUCAGAAAUGCUUUCACCUCUAUAUUACUGUCCCAAAUAAUGUGUUUUUAGAGCUCAUCAUUAGAAUAAACUGAAACAUGUGGUGUUUAAUAAUGCAAAUUCCUUUGUAUUUUGGCAUGGUGAGCAACUAGCUCUUUUAAAGUGAAACCUGAGUUGGUUUAAGAGUAGUUUUUAUUUGCAUUUCCAUUGCUUGAAACGGUCAUAUUUAUUGCCUUGACAUAACUGGUGGUAUGUUUGACUCCGUGGCCAUUUUAAUGUUUAAUUCAUGAAACAAAAUGUCCUUAAACUAGUAGUUGUGUCAUGUUACCGUUUAUUUGCGUUGUUUUAAAUAAAUUUGGUUGAGGACAA